AGCCUCUAGGGCCAUCAGACCCUGCUAUGGAGAUGAAUAGUCACUAUAUUAAUAGAAAAGAUAUAGUGACGUCUCCAUUGAGUUCACCUACUCUUGACCGUCGUGGACAGGGUUCCAACAUGUACAGCGAGCCUCACAUGCAGCCUGCACAUGUUCAACAGCAGAUUCUGACCUUGAAACAGCAACAGCAACUUCAGCAACAGAUGUUGCUACAACAGUUUCAACAGCAACAACAACAACUGGCACAAGAGCAUGAGAAACAAUUACAGGACUAUCACAAGUUUCAACAAGAACAGUUAGCUAAAGAGCAUGACCGCCAGAUGCAAGAACAUUUUAAGCAACUGGUGUUGAUACAGAAACAGCAAGAAUAUCUUGCCGAGCAGCAGAAGCUUGAGGAGAGACAGAGAAUUGAGAAGGAAAUCCACGAGAAAACUCGACUCUCACAGAUCAAGAACAAAAACAAGGAGGAAGAGAGUGCAGUUGCGUCAACAGAGGUAAAACAGAGGCUCCAGGAUUUUGUUUUGUCUAAGAAACAACGUGAGGCGGCAGUGAGAAAUAGUCCCCCACAGUUUCGGCAUUGGCCAUUAGAUCAGAAUUCCCCGCCUACCACAGGCUUAUCACCACCAUACAGUCAUACCCUACUCGGAAAAUAUGAUGAUGAUUUUCCGCUCAGAAAAACAGCGUCUGAACCAAAUUUAAAGGUGCGCUCGGCGCUAAAACAGAAGGUCAUGGAGCGACGCAUUACCCAGAGUCCAAUUCUACGGCGGCGAGAUAAGGGAUUCCUAUUUAAACGCAAAACUCCUUUAUCAAUUGACUGUGGGAGCAAUUCUGAUUCGGGACCGAACUCUCCACCUGGUGGGGUUCAUCCUGCGCUGUCUAAUGGGAAUCUGAAAGAAGACACACACAUACACCCAUAUCUUCUGUAUCACACAAUGGGCUAUGUAAACCCAGAUUUAUAUACAUCACCGUCCAUGCCAAACAUUUCAUUAGGGCGACCUCCAAGUGCUGGUGGUAAUGGAACUCAUUCGAAUUAUUCAGAGGCGGAACUGCGGGCAAUGGGUGCUGCACGGUUAGGUCUCCCGCUAUCUGGGCAGGGUCUGCCAGGCAUCACAGGCUAUCACCCAUCAUUGCCAGCUAUAGAUGGAGAAUACCCGUCACCUUCUGAUACGUCAGCUCGAUCCAUGAUGGCAGCCCAACUCAAGGCUAUAGAAGAAGCCCGGGCCUCAGGGACCAAACCCUCACCCCUUGUAGGGCCUCCCUACCCCACACCCACCAGUAAACAGUCAUCAUCAGAAAGCCACCAAGCCAGAAUUCAUAGACAUCGACCAUUAGGACGCACUCAGUCAGCUCCAUUACCGAUUGGUCAUCCUUUCAUCCAGCAGAAUCUAUUGUUACAACAGCAGCAGCAGCGAGCUGGGGUCGCGGGACCUGGCAUUGAGCACGACCCCGAGCAGAUCCUCAAAGAUAAGUUCCUUGUUAAACAACAUAUAAGACAAACUGUAUUACAACGUACCAGCAGUAAAAGUCAUAUGGAGAAUGUGGAUGAAGAAACAGAGGCAAAGUUAGCACAGGAGAUGAAAGAAGCCCAUGAAGCAGACGACAAUGAUGUCAUUGUUGUCAAGGAAACUAAGAUGGACGACGGUCGUUUGGAGAUUUCAAAUAAACUGACAAGAAGGGAAAGUGAACAUCUAUUGGCUGUAACAAAGCCUCGACAUAAAGGGCAUCAUCGUCCCCUGGCAAGAACCCAAUCUAGUCCCCUCGUUACUUUCUCCAUGCCCCCACAGGCACAGGAAGUUGGCCCUGUAAAAUACAGCUUCACUACUGCAAUAGCAUAUGACACUAUGAUGCAGAAGCACCAGUGUUCAUGUGGUUCAGACUCCGUACAUCCGGAACAUGCCGGUAGAAUACACAAUAUUUGGUCCCGGUUACAAGAAAAAAAUCUGAUCUCAAGUUGCGAGCAACUCAAGUGCCGAAAAGCUACAUUAGAAGAAAUACAGUCAUGUCAUUCAGAGGCUUAUACAUUGUUUUAUGCCACAAAUCAUUUAAGUCGGUCUCGACUUGAUCCCAAACAUUUUGAAAAUCUGCCAAUGCGUUUUUGUGCUCUACCUUGUGGUGGUGUUGGUGUGGACUCGGACACAGUUUGGAAUGAUCUUCAUACAUCCAUUGCAGCCCGAAUGGCGGCAGGUUGUGUUUCAGAGAUGGCAUACAGGGUUGGUUCUGGUGAACUAAAGAAUGGCUUUGCUCUUGUACGACCACCUGGACAUCAUGCCGAACCCGAGCAAGCUAUGGGAUUCUGUUAUUUCAAUUCUGUUGCUAUAGCAGCUAAGCAAAUGAGAGAUAAGUUGAAAAUGAAGGAAAGAAAGAUUUUUUAUUUCUUUUAGUUAGAUUGGGAUGUUCAUCAUGGAAAUGGUACUCAACAGAUGACCUUCAAUGAUAAAGAAAUUUUGUAUAUCUCAAUCCAUCGACAUGACAAUGGCAACUUUUUCCCCGGGACUGGGGCACCAGAAGAAUGUGGUGCUGGGGAAGGUGUUGGGUUCAAUGUUAAUGUUGCCUUCAGUGGAGGACUAGAACCUCCAAAGGGUGAUGCAGAAUACUUAGCUGCCUUUAGAACCAUUAUCAUGCCAAUAGCGAGAGAGUUUAAUCCUGAGAUAGUUCUGGUUUCGGCUGGUUUUGAUGCAGCAGCAGGUCAUCCUGCCCCGCUUGGUGGCUACAUGGUCUCACCACAGUGCUUUGGUCACAUGACUAGGGAAUUGAUGUCAUUGGCUAAUGGGAAAAUAGUUUUGGCCCUGGAAGGAGGAUAUGAGAUAACUGCAAUUUGUGACUCAGCAGAAAUGUGCCUAAAGGCCUUGUUAGGUCAGGAAAUACCUCCUAUAAAAGAGGAGGAGUUGUGUAAAGUUCCUUGCAAAACUGCCAUUGAAACCUUGGAGAAUACAAUAAAUAUUCAAGGAAAGCAUUGGCCUUGUCUACAGCGAUACCUUGGUACAAUACAGUACUCUAUAAUAGAAGCCCAGAAACGUGAGAGUGAAGAAACAGACACAGUUACUGCCCUUGCUUCAUUGUCAAUGGUUGCUGCCAAAAGAAGUGAGUCCCUUGAACAGGAAGCUGAGCCCAUGGAUGAGGAGUCCUAGAUUUAUGGGAUGAUGUAAAAUCAACAAAAUAAUGUUAGGAUGAUAUAUCCUGUAUCCAUAGCAACCAUCCCAUGUUGCACUAUUUAAACAUAUUUCUGCCUAAAACAGUGUUGUCUGAACUUCAGUCUAUAAAUAGUAACUAGUGCUAUUUUUAGUAACAUGCUUGAUAACUAUUGUUAGUAACAACUUGUCAAUGUGUGUUUAAUGUAGAUGAUGAAAGGGGAAAAGUGAUAUGGGAGAAUGCAGAAAAUAUAUACAACCAUUUUGAAACAAAUUACUUAAAUAUGUGCACUGGGAUGGUACCACGUUAUGGGAAUAGAGCACUAGAGAACACAAGGGGUUUGAGUGUUCUUUGUGAAAUUAGAAUUUAAGUGCUGGUGAACUGUGCUGUGUGAAGUUGAAGUAGGGACAUUGUGUUCAUGUGACAUAGACCAUAAAAAAACAAGGUUGCAUAUUUGUAAAGAAACACGUUAGAAGCGUUUUUCUUUUGAUGGAUUUACUUUUUUUGUGCCGAGUGAUAGAUAUAUUUUGAUGACAAAUGGUAUGAAAUUGUACAGAUACAUGUACUGUUCAUACUUAAAAUGAGGGGAGAAUUCAUUACAUCUAUUAUCAGAGGGACAAGAAUGUCUCAAGAAAAAAAAAAUCUGUUAUGAUAAUACAUGAAUAUAUAUAUAUAUGUAUAAAUAUAUAUACAAAACAAAACAUUUUGAAUGUUAAGAUAUUUUGUAUGCUAUUUGAACAACUAGUCAAAAGUUGUGUGUUUAUAUUUAAUGACUGUCGGCAGAUAUGAUUUGCAUGUAUUUAUCGUGAUUUGAUUAACAUGAAAUUGACGCAUAUUUUGGCUUAUUGUGAUAUUUUGUCAUUGUCGUAAUAUCUUUUUUAUGUAUAAAAGCCCCCUCUCCCCUACUUGUAAGCUUAUGUUAUUGUUAAAUGUUGUUGCUGCCCAUACAGCUAGAAAAGGGCCUGGCAGGAGAAAAGAAAUAAAUUGGAAUUAAUAGAUUUUAUAGCUAGUGAAAAGCCAGAUUUGACGGGCCGUGAUUUUUUGUUUGCCAAGUGAAGUCCAUUAUAAAGUUGUUAUGGUGUUCUGAAGAAAAAAGAUUUGAAAAAAUUUGUAAAACUUUGAUUAUAAUGCAGAUUGUUUUUUUACUGUAGGUAGGAAAUUGAUUAGAGUAGGUUGUAUUCUAGGUUUAAUUUUUUUUUUCAAUGUUUAAUGUGAUACUUUUUUUCCUUUUAUUUUGUGACAUGGAAAUUUUUUGGUGUUGUUUUUAUAUGGACAAGGCCCUUUUCUACUCUAUGGUGCUAAAUCAUUGUGAACAUUUCAUCAUUUUUUUCAUGAUUUAAGCCUGGGUUUUAGAUUGCUUAAAGCAAAGUCAUGUAUUUGAAUAUUAUGUAAUUCACACUGUAAGAAUUGUACUACCUGUGUAAGAAGUGAAUAUAUGUACCUUUCUGUUUUGAUGCACACAUGCUUAUACUGUAUGUUACGAAGAAAGGAGAGAGUAGGAAAAAAAAUGUAUCAGAAAGUCGUGAAAAUCACAAUUAAUGUUUUCAUUUUUUUUAUAGACCUUACAGGUUCAUUAAAGUUGAAUGUUUUAUUCUUCUUUUUUUUUUUGUAUCUAGGCAACUACAAAAUAUUUUCCAGCAGGGUGAAAUCCAUCAUACCUCAUACUUUCCUUUUUCCUGUCAGUAUCAUUGUUGUUCCUUGCUAAAAUAAAUUCAUGUAGAAUCAACUAAUACUUCAUUCAGGCAAAAAUUUUAACAGAUAUAACUUCUGAGAAUACUCUUUAAAAGAAGUUUACUGUGAAAAAAAGCAGUACUAUUUCCAUGCGGGUUAUUUUUGUGUAUUUUGCUGCGUCCAUUUAAACUGUCAUUUACUAACAUUACACAUUUGGUAGAAAUACAAUAAAAGAAUGAAAUAAAACCGAUAAAAAAUGGGUUGGUGCACUAGACAAUGGUAAUACAUGUACCUUUAAUAAUAUAGAUAAAUAAGUGUUGAAAUUUUGGCAUUUGUUUUGAUAUAAAACAAAGAUUGUUGCAUGAUUUUUGUCUGAUACACUUUAGCUUAUUCUCUUCAUUAUGAAUCAGGAGUUCAUUAUAUAUUAUAGUGCACUUAAAGAUGAACAUUUUGUCAUGAAAAUUGAGCCGUGCCAUGACAAAACCGAUAUAGUGCGUUUGGGACCAGCAUGGAUCAGACCAGCCUGCUUGUUACAGGGUUUGUUAGUGAACAGGAUGGAUCCUGAUCAGAUUACCGGAUGCACAGGUUGGUCUGAAUCCAUGCUUGUAGCAAAUGCACUAUGUUGGUUUUGUUGUGAUGCGGCUCAUUAAUUUUGUUUUAAUAUGUACCUCCAUUUCACAUUAGUUUUGUCACAUCAUGCCAAGUUGUAGUAAAGUUGUCAUUUGUGUGUACAUUUUGAUGAAACAGACAUAGAUUAUUUAUUUUUGACAUGUUUUUUCAUAGUUUAUCAUUAUUUGUACUUUUUAUUCAUGUUAAUUUUUGAUAAACCAUGUUGAACUGAAUAGAUAAAUAAAUAUAUCACAUAGUGUUUUUUUCUUCAUCUUUCAUAAUAAUUUUUUUUCUUGUUUGGUAGUAGAAUUCACUAUUUUUUUUUUUUUUAUGUGUAAGAGUAAAUAAACUAUUUGAUUUUGGUCAUUGUUUAAUCAUUGAAAAUCAUGGUAAUUAUUGAAAAUCAUGGAAACAAAAAACUUAUAAUAUCUGCUUAGAUAAAUGUUAAUUGAAAUACAGUUUUAUGUAAUUAAGUUAACUUUUAAAUAUAAUUGAUAUGAUCAUGAAUUUGUUAGAUUUUUGUAUCAAAAAUCAGUUUUGGGAGUUUGCAGAUAAGUCUACUAUUAAAACCUUAUUAAUUUCCUACUUUUACGUAUCUAAACUACAAGUAGAACUUGUUUUUCCAUUUAAUUUAUUCUGGUCUGAAUUUAAACUUUAUUAUGGUCUUAAAAUAUUAAACAAAGAUUUAUUUUCAGAAGGACUUCUUUUUUUUUUGUCCAUUCAAUGGCCAAUGUUAGAUAGGAUUUCUUGCUGGAGUGGAAAUAAUUUGAAAUUUAUUUUAUAGCUUGUAUGACUUUUUUCUUUUUAAGGCAUGAGAUACUUUGCUGCUAAAUCAGAUAUUUUCACAAAUUAUCGUGUCAUUUUCCUGUGUAGCUAAUUGUGCUAUCACAGUCACCUUUUUAUCACAAACACAUUGAUAUAUAGAGACCAUUAUCUUUGAUGUGUCGGUACCUUUCAUAGGCUGCAACACUUGGAGAUAGUAAUCAAGGUCAAUGAAGCUGUGAAAUAGAUUUUCCCUAUCCUUACUUCAUACUAAGGGCAUUUUUUGAGUGUUGUCAAAGCCAUAUUUUUUUAUUUUUAUUUUUUUUGGAAGGGUUGGUUAACAAUAUAUAAUAAUGAGCAUUGAAGCGGUGUAAUUGAUAGAAUAGGCCCUCAAUUUAAAUAAGCCCUCAAUUUGAUUCAGCCCUCAAUUUCCGCGGUGAAUUAGCUUUUUGGAUAGUAAAUAAAAGAAAGAAAACGUGCCGUGUUAAAGUAUCUGAAUUUGCAGUAAAUUUGUUGUAUUGAUUUGUUAUGUUGCACAUUUCUUUCUAUAGUUAAUGAAAACAUUUGUUGAUUUAUAUUUAAAAUUUAUAAAUAUAUAUAUAUUUUUGUUAAAUAUUAUAAAAUGAUGUAUAUAAUUGUUGACAAUUAAAAAAAAUGCUUUCUAGAUGAUGUAUUAUAGACUUAAGCAAUUUAUUUCUGUACCUGGUGAAAACUUUUUUUUGUCAUUUUGUUUUUAAAUUUUUCUGAUAUUGAUAUAUCCAUAACAAAUGUAUAUGAAAAUAUGUAGGAAUUUGCAUAGAAGUUUCUAAUAUCCAAAACAAGGAGUUAUAUUCUUUAAGAUAUCCAUAACAAUUGAAAUGUAUCUAAGAAGUUUCUGAUAUAUAGAUUUACUAAGUAUAUUUUCAAAAUGAAGAUAUAUUUGUUUUGGCUGUUGGGAAUUUUGAUUUAUCAGUAAAUAAGUUAAUUAUGUAAGUUAGAAUUAGAGUAAACUUUAUCCCUGAAUUUUUAUGACCGAUAUGGCUGCAGGAAUUCCUGAUAAAUAUCCAUUACAAAUAAAACAACGUAUUGUGUCUUUAUAUUUGAUAAAUCUAUACUAGUACACAUGUUUAUUUAUAACAAAUGAGAAGUACUAUAGAAUUGCUUGAUAGAAUUUUUUAUAUAAAAUGAUGACUCCAAUAAGAAGCAUUUAGAUGGUAAUUUUUAGUGAUAAAUCCAUUAUUUGAGAUUAGGUGUCGACUUCUGUUAUGGUUUAAAAAAUGUAUUUGAGGUUAGCUUUACCCUUUCUGUUGACAGAUAUUAGAUGAAUAUUGAGGGUUAAGAUUUAACUUUCCUUUGACUUUUACCUGAUAUACUAAUUGAUAUAAAAUUGAUAGAUAUAAUUGUGUUUUGUGAAGUUUGGUAAAUGAAUGUUUUUUGGGUUUUUUGUUUUGAAGAUUGGCCAGUACUCAUUGAAGUAUGUUGUGUCUUCAUCUCUUCACAUCAAACAAAUAACUGAUCCAUACUGCAGGUAGUGUUUGAUAACAAUAAAUAUUAGUAGGUGUAAGGGAGGCAAAUCUGACAUUGCUUUUAAUUGAUCUAAAAUUGGAUUCAUAUUUAGAAAUACGAUGGAUUAGAUUUUGCUGAUCAAGUGUGUAAAUGAAUUGCAUUGGAUGGAAUUAAACUAAAAUUAAUGAAACGUCUUUUUAUGAUGACAAGUUGUCUAGACUAGAGUAUAAAGAUCAUGUUGUGAUUUACCUCCCUUUGUCUGAUAAUGGAUAUCUUAAAGGCAGUGAUUGUUAAUGAAAGGUUUAUAUUUUACAAACAUUUUUUCAAGACAUAGUCUUGUAUAUCUUACAGUUUUGGACGAUUCCCUUCUCUCCCACACCUGCAUAUCUUAUAAUCUGUAAGAAGCCCCCUCUCUCUCUCUUAACCUGCCAUAAGGUACAUGAUUUACCUGAUUCAACUCAAAGUGCAAUGCAUUUUGUUCAAGUGUGAUUUCGUUGUUGUACUUUUAUAAAUGGACAUUUAAAUAUCAUACGUCAGGGGUGGGGGGAGUGUUUUUGUACAUGUCAUGAAAUAUAAAGAUCUGAAUUAUCAUAAUCGUAUUUCAGAAAUAAAAUAAAAAUAGUAACUCAUUUUGCAUCAUUUUGAUUGAUCACUCAUAAAAGUCAUGUUGUUUUUAAAAUCUUACUGCCUGCCAUUGUUUUACAGUUGUAUUUUUUUUUUAAAUAUUUAUUUUAAUACUAAAAGGUCUAGGUCAUGUCUUUUUAUAAUAAGAAUAUAAAGUUGUGUUUAUUAAAACAAGAAAAGUCUUUAAGUAUUUUUGAAAAGUUUUCUUCAAGGUCAAUGAAUGCCCAAAAUCAAGUUUUGAUAUACAAUUUGUAAAACCAGAAUAACUGUGUAGAUGAUAUUCUGUUUUUGAUAUUUUUAGGAAUAUAUUAUAUUGUUAGUUUAUGAUUUAAUUUAAAAAAGUGCUACUUUAUAAAAAGCCAAAUGCAUGUAUUUUGGGAUAAAAAGAGCAACAUGCAUGUGUUUUACAAGACAGAAAAAAAGUUAUUUAUUAAAAAAAAAUAUUUGCUAUUCAGUAUAAGUGACAAGUUUUAAUUUGAAAAAGUGUUUUUAUCAUUGAAAUCUAAUAGGUUUGAUAUCUUAAAAGAUAUGCAGUACUAAAAAGUAUUUGUAUUUUUGUUUUAAUAUGAUUUUACUCAGCCUAUUUCAUUUAAUUCGAAACUUACUUUUUUAGAAGUUAAAAACCGGUUUUUCUUAAUGGUGCAACAAAAUAAUAAUUGUAAUGAAAGUUUUCACCACUUUUUCAUUUAAAGUAUAGAAUAUUUAGAAUAUUUCACUCUACCUGUGUUAUGUGGCAUUAAUAAUUACAGCACAAUCGUUCCUCAUGAAAGGACUACUGGACUAGAAUCUUAACAUAUUAUAGCACUGGCCUUUUAAUAUAAUGCAGUUAUCUCCCCAGGCUGCUCUAACCAACCCCCACCCCCUCAUGACUACCUAAAGAAUAUUGAUAUCUUGCAUUUCCUGGUUCUCUUAACCACUUAUUAAUUUCCCCACCGCACCCACUCCCCUGGUUCCCCUCCAGAUAGUGAUCACUUACCUCCCCUGGUAGUUAUCACUUACCUCCCCUGGUUACUCUUUCUGGUAGUUAUUUAUUACCUCCCCUGGUUAUAUUUCCUUGUAGUUAUCUCUUACCUCCCCUGGUUAGUCUUCCUGGUAGUCAAACUCCUCACAGUGAUUACCUCCCUUGGCAGAAUUGUAAUCACUGCCUUCACAGACGUCACAUGAUGAUGAAAGUCACAUGACGUAACGUCGAAAUUCAAAUGUAAAUAUCGACUGUUACAUAGAAAAUCUACGUCAUUUUUCUCUUUCUGUUUUAUUUUUAAGUUUUUGUACCUAUGUCCGUUAUAUUUUAUCAAAAAAUUAUCAAUAGUAUACAAAAUAAUGAAAAAUAAAUUAAAAAGCUAAAAAAUAUAAAUAUCCAAAUAUUGAUAUUUCAAUGUUUGUGAUGGCAGAGAUCUCUGUACUGAUAAGGGGAGAUCACUGCGUAGGAGAUUGUCUGGUAGUUAUCACUUACCUCCCCUGGUUACUCUUCCUGGUAGUUAUCACUUUCCUCCCCUGGUUAAUCUUCCUGGUAGUUAUCUCUUACCUCCCCUGUUUAAUCUUCCUCAUCAAUUAUCUCCCCUGGCUAUUCCUGGGAUGAUCACCUGCCUUUUCUGUUUUUUUUUGCUGGUAGUAAUCAGUUGUCUCCCCUGGUUAAUCUUAAUCAUUUAUUCUCCCCCAUUGCUACUUUUCCUGGUAGCCUUCAGUUAAUUUUAACGGUCAAUAAUCUCCCCUGAUUAUUUCUAGUAGUAAUCAUUUGCCAGUUCUGGGUUACUCCCCUUGGUAGUAAUCACUUAUCUCCCUUGGUUACCCUUGCUGGUAGUCAUGUUAAUCCUGUGGACACUGGUGUUUUGUAAGUUAAGGCACUGUACAUUUAGAUAUUUUCAUGAGAAUAUAAAGAAAUUUCAUCUCGCCUAUUUAUGUUGGUUUCUAUGUGUAAUAUUUUGUAAAAAAUAACUUUCAUAGAGAUAGCAAUUUUUAAUAAUCAUUAAAAAAAAACAAUGCUGUAUAAAGAAUGGUUUACUCUCCCUUCUCUUUUUUCUUGUAAAAUUGUAUUCUCAUGAAAACAUUUGUGUGUACAGUUGUCUUUAUUUUAAACUGAACAAAUUGCUUGUUAUUGAUUAGAGAUUUUUUAGAUUUUAUUAUAUAUUAGCUGUUCAUAUGUUUUAGAUGAUAAGAAAUAUUUUAUUUUGUUGUGUGCUGCAAAAAAUUAAACUUUGUCUUAUCACUUUAUUUUUGUGUACAUCAUCUGGAGUCAUCAACUUGUGAAGUAAAAUUUCUGUUGUUAUUCCGA